UAUAAAUCUAGAUACACUCCUUCUAUCAUAUUCUCUCACAUCAUUUUCUAUAUUUUAUUUUUUUUCUUCUAAGAAACUGCGAAUAUGUGUGGAGGUGCUAUCAUUUCCGAUUUCAUUGGUGUGAAGCGUGACCGGAACCUUUGGUCGGAGAUUGACCCUUCCGUUGAUCUACUUGGUCUUGGUUCUAUUGCUGCCGCUACUUCCAAUGAGUCAUCACCACCACUUUGUAACUUGCCUCAAUUUUCAGACAAAAAAGUGGUAGCAUGUGACAAGGAAGAGAAGAAGAGAAGCGUGGUAACUGUAGAAAAGGGUAAGAAGAACACUGGAGGAACCCGGGCCCGUAAGAAUGUGUACAGAGGAAUCAGACAAAGGCCUUGGGGCAAGUGGGCCGCUGAGAUAAGGGACCCACAACAAGGUGUCCGUGUCUGGCUCGGUACUUUUUCAACAGCUGAAGAAGCCGCUAGAGCUUAUGACGCCGCUGCUAAGCGCAUCCGCGGUGACAAGGCCAAACUCAAUUUCCCCGAUGCCGCUGUCACCGCUUCUCCGCCAGCGAAGAAACGCUGCCUCAGCCCCGAUCAGGCUAGCUCUCAAUCUAGCUAUGAGCCCAUCGGGCUUGGCGAGGGAAUGGAUAUCAAGGACCAAAUCUCACAACUUGAAUGGAUCCUUGGCUUAGAACACGAACUGCCUCAGGCCCAAGUUGAGGCCCAGCCCAAGCCCACAUCUGAGCCCGCCCAUUUUACCCUACCUGAUGCUGCUGACUGGGACAACAGCUUUUUGGAUUUGUGGAAUCUUGAAGAAAUGGUUAUGCCAAUGAGUAACAUGAUUUACUAGGAAAUUACAAAAAUGAAACACUUCGGUGUUUUAUUAUCGGUUUAGUUAUUAAUUACUAUGUUUAUUUUAAAAAUUUGACUGUAUAAACUAUGUUUUUAUGCUUUCUUCGUUUGUGGUGUUGUCUCCUUUGGUUGUGUCUUGGACGGUUGGAUGAUUGAACUUAUAUAUGCUUUUUAUGUAUGAUUGUGAAUAUGAUUAUUAGAAAUAAAGUAAGGUGUAUUAGACUA